GUGGAGGGGGGAAGUUACGAUUCCAUCCGUGUCCGUGAACAGAAACAGAACAAGAACAACGUAUCGCAUCUCAGCAGUGACGGGUUUUUGGUCCUUAAUACCUAGAGAUUAGGUUCCGGGAGUGCGACUUUAUUCUUUGAAAAUGCCGAAACGCGGUGGAAUGGGAAGGAACUUCAACAAAACUUACUUUGAACAUGACAAUCGUGGGGAAGAGGUCCGUCGCACUGUGAGCUUCAAGUCAACCCGUGGAAACCCCAGUGGUAGCAGCGUUGGAGGUGGCGUUGGUGUUGUCCGUGCAUACACAGGAGUAGGCAGGAACAGCCUCAAAUAUCAUAAAUCCAUACGCAACCACUUGCAGUAUGAUACUGAUGUUGAUAUGGGUGGAAGUGGACGAGAAAAAAAUUUCAGUAAUGCACCUGAUGGAAGACGAAGAAUGGGAAAAAGAGGUUUUGGUCGUAGAGGCCGCCAAAGUUCCCCUGCUCCAAACCGUACUUUUCAGCCACUUCCAAAAAGCAAUACAUUUUGGUACAGGAUCCUUAUUCCAUUUGGAGCCAAAUAUGAAAAGAAAUGGAUUGUGGACAGCCUGAUCGCCAAUAUUGCACCUGCUACCUUCACACCAUAUGGAUAUGAAGCACCGGGCAGAGAUGUCAUUUUUUAUGUUGAUGAUCAUCAAGUUGCAACCAAACUGAAGAAUCUUUAUCGUCGAAUUUCUACAGAUGACGGACAUAAGCUUAACAUCUUGGUGAAAGGGUUUAACCAUCCAAUUAAAGUUGAUGAUGCCUUGAAAGAAGUUCUUAAAGUUGUUAUGGCGAGGAGGUUUAGACCAGAUGUCAGGUCUCUCGAUCUAUCAAGGUUUCAUGCAGACCCAGACCUACAUGAAAGAUUUGUCCCUCUGAAUCAAGAAUCUGUGUUGUCAGCUGUACUUUCACUAGUUGUAGAGCACUGUCCAACACUACAUGCCAUUGAUCUAUCACACAAUAGUAUUUAUUCUCUAGAAGGUGUUAAAUCCCUAGUAUCCAAACUUUCUCACCUACGGAUUCUUCAUUUGGCAAACAAUCAGAUGGAAGACGUAACCAAACUUGAUCCAUUGAAGGGUCUUGCAGUGGAAGAAUUAUUAAUAACAUCAAAUCCACUUUGUGCUAGGUAUACAGAGCAAGGGGCUUAUGUUACUGAUGUCAGAAAGAGGCUCCGUAAACUUCUCAAAUUGGAUGAAGUUGUCUUACCUCCACCUAUUUUAUUUGAUGAAGAAACUGCACAGUUGCCCCCAUCAAAAGGGAGUUAUAUGUGUGCAGAGCAGGGCAAAGACAUUGCUCGCCAGUUUCUUGAACAGUUUUAUGCAAUUUAUGAUAGUCCGAACAGGGAGCCUCUGAGAGACGCCUAUCAUGAGAGUGCCAUGCUUUCUAUGUCCUGUCAUAUCAACAGUCAAAACCGAAAUUCAGGACCCAGAGACAAGGCCAUGUUAAAUGCAUACCAGACCAACAAUCGAAACCUGAAAAGAGUGACAGAUUCUGACCGGCGACUGCGUUAUCUAAUGAGCGGCCACGCGGAAAUUAUGAAAUUUUUAUGUAGCCUUCCGAGUAGCCAACAUGACCCUCAUUCCUUUGCGGUAGACCUUCUUCUGUAUACUCCCCAGUUAAUACAGCUCUGCUUGUGUGGGGUCUUCCGAGAAACUGGAGCCUCUUCCAACAUGCCAGUGAGAGCCUUCAGCCGAAGUAUUGUAAUUGUACCUCAAGGCCAAGGCUUCUGUAUUGUGAAUGAAACAAUAAACAUCACCAAUGCUACAAGUGCUCAGGCUGAUGCGGCUUUCAAGACAAGUCUUGCCCCAGUAGCACCUGUGCCAGCUGUGCCAGCUCCUGUGGUGCCACUUAUGCCCGUCCCUGUGUCUCCUUCGGUAGGGGCCCCAGGCCAGGACCUUGCAAAGCUUCAAAUGGUGGAACACGUGUCAAAUGUUUCAGGGAUGAACCUAUUCUAUUCUGAAGAGUGCCUCAAGCAAAAUAGUUGGAAUGUAGAGCAUGCAUUGCAUGCCUUCCAGCUCCUUCAAAAGCAGGGAACAAUACCAAAUGAGGCAUUUGUCCGCUGAGUAAAGUGGAUGACACAAAUACUAUACAAUUGUUAACUUUUGUUAGAUGUGUAUCAUUUAAUUUUGAUGAGCUUUACAUAGCAUCAGUUUUAUGUAAACAGGUUAAGGUUACAAAUUAUUAUAAAUCAUUUAAAUUAUUAUCUUUGUUGAGGUAAAAUCCAGAAGCCAUCUAGAAAUAAAAUAAAUUUCCAACAUUUCUUAAAUUAUUUUUUUAAUGAACUUAGCAAACUUUCCAAGCAAAUGAAGUGAAAAUUUCAGUUGCUCUUGCAUCCAAUUUUGUUAGAAAUGCAAUAACAUUUUUGAUUGCCUACAGUUCCUUUCAUAGUUGUUAAUUCAUUUGGGCUCAUAAUUUUUCGUCCUUAUUGGAGAACCUUUUGACAACUGUAGUAUUGAUACACGUCUGUAAACCCCGUACUGUAAUGAUGAUAUCUUGCGUGUGUGGAGUCUUGCUAUGUUAAGUUAUUGAUAUGUCCGUGAUUUUUAUUUGCAGUACAUGUAUUUCAUUACCUUACUAAAUAGUUAAUAGUAUCUGCUUCAAGCAGCACAUCUGAUCCUUUUAGUGCUCAAAAAUUAGUUGUACCCCUCUCUUGUUCUGACAGUUGGUGGUAUGAAUCAUAUGUGAUUUUUGUUGACAAGCAACCUAAAGCUUUUGUCACAAUUUUAUUAUUUUUUAAAAAUUGAUGUUAAAAUUGCCAGAUCUGUAUCUAAUUUGACAUUCCGUGCUUUUUCUAAAUUGUAUGAUUUAAUGAAUCAGAUGAUGUUUGUGCACAACUCUGUCACUCCUUUUAUACGGGUCAGUUUUUUUUUUUCUUUCUUUCUUUCACUAACACUAUUUGUCUUAAUUACCGUGGCAGUGUAGACAUUUGUAAAAGUGAGCUCAAACAAGUUGUGCUCCUAUUUAAAUUUGGUAUUUAACUGUCAAUGUAUCAAGUGGGAACAAAUCUCAGUGGAAAUUGUAUUUUUUAAAGCUGGACAGAAAAAUGUUAUUUCAUUCUUAACUUAAUUGUGACUCCGCACCAAACUGCAUGUCUUCUUUCUUUUUUUCUUUUUUUUUUUUUGGGGGGGGGCGUAUUUUUAUUAAUGUUACUUUGGUUUACUUCUCUCCUUCCUGCUUUCCUUUUUCUUUCCCCCCUGCUCCAUGCUGUUUUGCAUUCCUUUCUGUUUCCUUCCUCUGUUCUCUGUCUGUCUUUCUCUCAAACAUUUUUUUUUUUAAAGCAUGUAUUUGUAAUUUAUCUGCAAUGUUUAGAUUCUGUGUGUGUAUGUGUGUGAGAAUGUGUCAUUCUUUUGGGUGGGGUUAAUGUGUGUGAAUGUGUGUGUGUGUGUGUUAGAAUGUAUAAGGUGUGAAAUUUCAGAUAAUGUCUGCAAAUUAAGCCUACAGUAGGAUAGUUUCAGGCCAAUCAUAUGUUCAAUCAAUUCUUAUUAUGUUACGUGAAGGUUAUCUGCUGUACAAUAGUUAAGACCUGUGUCUGCUAUUUUUUUUUAGAACUAUUACUAUUGUGUCCUUUGCGUUUGUAAACUGGCCUAGUGUCACAUCAACUUUUGUCUAUAAGCAACUUUCUUCAUUUAGAAUAGAGAAAUCUUCAGUGCUGUUUGUUGGGGAAACUUUUUGACAAAUGUGCACUUAAACAAUGUACAUUGUAUUGGGUUGAGGUCUAAUGUUAUGAGAUAGACUCUUUACACUCGCCCUGUCCAUUUAGUCCCCCUAGACGAAUCACAAAUUGUGUGUAUAUGUAUUUCAUUUUGUAGUAACUUGAAAGGAAAGAUCCUUUUUACUGAAUUGUGUUUCCAAUUGAUUUUAUCUUUUGCUUCAGAGAAUCUGUUUUGUGUACACAAGAGCACAAUCUCUGUGUUAAUGUAUCAUAAUUCUUAAUAUCCAUUUAUUUAAAUAGACUUAUUGUGUAUGUUAAGGGUUCUUUCUUAAACCCUCUGGCACAAGUUUACUGCAAUGUUUCAACUGUAUAGUAAAUUGGAGUUUCUUUAAUCAAAUGUAAAGUGAUACAAUGUUGUAAAAAUAUUUGCUCUUAAAGUUUAGAUAAUGUGUUUAAAAAAAGGCUUGGAAUUUUCAAAUGCCAUUUCUCUUGGUCAGUCUUUGUGCUCUCAGACACUUGGUCUUGUAAUCUUUCAUUCUAAUGUUUUAAGAUCUCCUGGGUGGUCCAGGGUAUAUUGACAGGUGUCUUGAGCAGGAACAUUUGCUAAUGGUGUUUAUUGGAGAAAAGGUGAAUGUUGUGCCAAAAAUAAAAUCUGUUGUGAUCCUCCUCUGGGUUGCACGGCCCAUCAUAUGACGUGGGGAGUACAUGGCUUUUGGACAAAUGUACAGACCUCCUAUGAUGUGGCAUGUUGCAGUAACCCUCAUUGAUGGAACACGAGAGCAGAUGUGGUACUUGAACCUACCCUGCAGAAAGUGGAGAGCCUGAGGUAAGCAGGCCCAUUUGCAGACCCUGUCUGUUCUGCAAGAACACAUUCAGUGUCCUUUGACACAUGGUGUGUUGCGGAAUCUUGCAGUUCUUUGUUGAUCCCUGAGACUUAACAAACUACUCCACCCAGGCAGAAAAAAAAAGAAAAAAAUUAAUGGCGUUGUUUAUUUGGCUAAUUCAUAAGUUCAUUCCAGCUCCUUAUAAACAAGUAUCUUUUGACAUAAAACUUCAUAUUUAGGGCACAAAGCUGACUAAGAGCAAUGUGGAAUCUCCACUUGUUGCUUUCCUUUCUUUUCAUGUUGAAGUUCCAGAGUACAUUGUAUCAUUUUCAUUUUUAUAUUGUUGAAAAUAAUUGGAAUUCCUUUACAUACUUUUCAAUUGGACCGCUUAGGUGCUUGUUAUCUUAUAUCUUAACCCUUUUUUGACAAGUCUGUUGUGUAUCUAGAUAGCAAAAGCUUUUGGUGUAAGAGUUGAUUAAGUUUAAGGACUUCCUGACUACAUGAUUGUAGGAAAGCAUUUAAAUGUAACUUUCUAUGUGGCAGUUAACUUGUUUUUUUUUGUUUUUUUUUUUGUUUUUUCUUUUUGUUUGCUUGUUUGGUUCUGAGAACAAAUGACUUUUUGGUUGUAACAUCUCUACUACCAUUCUGAGGAAGUCCCCCAUGCCAUGUUCUUGUUUAUUUCACUAAACUUAUUGAGGCACGCUUCUGAUUUGAUAGUCAAUAAAAUUGAUAAAUAAAUAAUAAGUGCCUGUUAUUGUAGUGGGCUGCACGAAAGCGGGACUGAAAUGUAAAAAUGUAAUUAUAAAACAACUGAGCAAUGCAAAUUUCUGUACGAAAGCAGGACUGAAAUGUAAAAAUGUAAUUUUAAAACAACUGAGCAGUGCAAAUUUGAUAAACAAAUUUGUUAGUAAUUUUAGUUUUAAAGAGUCAUAAAAUGUUUCUGUGUAAUAUAGGAUCCAGCACCUCUAAAAAUGAAUAGUUUAUCCUUUUAUUCAUGUGUUCAUGAUGUCUACCUGUGAUAUAAUUUUUGAAAGCAUUCAUUUUUAUGAGAAUAGUCAUAUCUACAUGCAUAAUGUACUCUUUGCGUUGUCUGGGUUUAACAAAAUGCCUUUAUCGACUGUCUGUUAGUUUCUCCCAACCACACUCAACGUAAUGCAAAUCUUACAAGUACUGGUAUACUGUGUUCCGUUACAUUGCAAAUAAAGUUUGGUAUUUAAGUACAAA